AUGGUCAAGAAAUCGAACCCUCCGCGGCCCUUGCCCAUCCAUAUCAAUGCUGCCAGCAUCCUCAUCCUCUCACCGUCCCCCCCUAUAGAGAGCUACGGCCUUGCAUUGAAGACUAAAGAAACGCCCACCUGCACUAGAACAUGCAUCAAGGCACAAUGCGGUAUUUUCGCCAUUGGCGCAGAAACCGCGGGAUUCCCAGAAGGCUGCCGACGGAGCGAAAACGAGACCGAAUCGUACGGAUUAGACAAUGAGACUGGAGCCACGUCUAACGGCUCCACCGAAGAGCGAGUCCGCACGCAGCAGCAGCAGCAGCAGCAGCAGGAGGGAGCGUGUCCUUAUGUUCUUCGCAUAGGAGAACGAGAUGAGGUCAGGCCUGCGUAUCUCCGAGAUUGGACAUCACGAGGUGCAGAGAUUCAGAAAAGGGAGUGUCGGGAACUAGUCAAAAGCGAAUAUGGCACUCGCGGCGAGCCCGCUCGCAGCGCACGCGCAGAAAGGCGCUGGGUUCGGAUGGCGCGGCAUCCUGCGCAGGCCGCUGAAAAGGGGCCCAUGCGCUCAGCUGAGGGCCCCAGCGGGCCAAGGUGA